ACAUUAAACAUGACUUCCGUCGUCUCACUCGUUUUACUGGGUCUUGCCCUGGUUCUGGGCAUAAUUCUUAUGGAAAACACAAGCAAUGCUCUCGUUCGAAAUAGACAUUUGCGCUUCAAAGAUUCGUGGAGUCGCACCGAUGGACCUAGCAUGGUCAGAUCGAAGCCAUUCACCAAAAAUCUGACCCGAGAGGAUGAGGAUGAUCCGCAAGUGCAUGUGCAAUGUCGUGCCAACGGAAAGGCUUGCACCGACGACGACCAGUGCUGCACCAAUGUAUGUCUACACUUCAGGCGGUGCUCCCCAUCAAGUCUGGUUGACUAUUAGGUUCAUACACGGCACCCAACCAGACCAAAUAAUUGCGGUUUGAAGUUAAAAA